AUGAUAUUGAAUUUGAAACAUUAUUCGUAUUCAUUAAGGACUUAAUGAUUGAGGUAAUAUUUGGAAUAUUUUAUGGAAUUUUAAUGAUAUUUGUACCAAACCCAAUAUGGAACAACGCAUAUGAUAGACAAAAAAAUGAACUAAAUAAUAAUCAUGGAGCUAAAAAUCGACAA